GAACUGAAAGAAGGAAUCAGAUUCUUAUUACCUCUCUCCCAUUUUCCCCUGCCUGUACAAAAGGGGCAGCAGAAGAACCCAUCAUUGCCAAACCUGCAUGGAUCUGGUCCUCACCUCACCAUAUAAUCAUUUCAUAUGUCUCCAACCUGACCUAGCUAGGUGAUUUCUCUUCUGAAAAAAUCAUCACCAAAAACCCUCCGAAACCUUUCCAAAUGCCGGUUUUAGGAUACAUUCCUGUGAAGAGCUGUUGCAUGGUGAUGAGACUCAACCUAGACUGCAAUGCUUGUUGCAGGAAAACAAGGAGAAUCAUCCUCCAAAUGAAAGGGGUGGAGACGCAUAUGAUAGACAAGCAGCAGUGCACGGUGACGGUUUGCGGGAGAUUCAGGGCGUCGGAUGUGGCGAUUAAGCUGAGGAAGAAGAUGAAGCGCAGGGUUGAAAUCCUUCAUAUCGAAGAGGAGGACGACUACGGCGGCGGCGACGGCGGAGGCGGCCAGCAGCAUGAUCAUCCACCACCUGAUCAUCAUCAAGACAUUAAUAUGAGUCAUCAUCACCCAGCCUUCAUUGCUACCGCUAAUGGCGACUGAUCCAUAGUGAAAACCUGUCACCUGCACAUAGAAGUAUGUAGAAUGUCACAGACAAAAACACAUGUCUUGUACAUAACAGACUAUAAAUCAAAUGUAAUGUAGUUAGGGGAAAGGAUGCACAAAUCAGUACUACAUGUAUUUUACUCUGUCUACUUCUUCUAUCUAAUUGUUUUCAUGUACCUCUCCAAACGAUUGACUUUGCCUACCAUGAUAAAUGGAGUGUAUCGUAAAUAACAUGAUUGCUCAAAAACACUUCGAUCUUUCCCAUGAGAUGUUUGAGGAUUGUUGGGCGCCUCAAACUUUGGGACACGACCGUGUUGCAUCUCCUUGUCCGCAUUAGACAGCUGCACGGGUUGGGACAAUGUUGUGCUUUAGGUCGAAUUUAAGCUCCUAAAGCUUAUUAUAAAUAGGAAUUUUGGGC